UUGCAGGUCUCGCUCGCGCUCCCGUUCCCGCUCACGCUCCCCUAUAAAACGGGAGACAUCGUCCCCUUCAACUAUAACACAGAAUAAUAACUCAGUCAAAAUGAAUCCUUUCACUCGAAUGCCCUACAGUAAGAAAUAUUGGCAGAUUUGGGAGAAGCGACGUAAUCUUCCGGUAUGGGAAUACAAGGAAAAAUUCAUGGAAAUCCUUCAUAACAACCAAUGUAUGACCCUUGUUGGAGAGACGGGUUCCGGAAAAACCACACAGAUACCGCAGUGGUGCGUGGACUAUGUUCGCCAAAGAGCAGUUCCAGGCCAGCGAAGGCUCGUAGCUUGCACUCAGCCCAGAAGGGUAGCUGCUAUGUCCGUGGCUGCGCGUGUUGCAGACGAAAUGGAUGUCCAGUUGGGACAGGAAGUCGGAUAUUCUAUUCGUUUCGAAGACUGCGUCAGUGCCCAAACUAUACUGAAAUAUUGUACCGAUGGUAUGCUACUACGUGAGGCGAUGAAUUGCCCAUUGUUGGAUGGAUAUGGAGUUAUAAUUCUCGACGAAGCUCACGAAAGAACAUUAGCGACUGAUAUACUUAUGGGUUUAAUAAAGGAAAUAGUGAAACAACGAGCCGAUAUAAAAAUAGUCAUCAUGUCCGCCACACUUGAUGCUGGAAAGUUCCAGAGUUAUUUUGAAAAUUGCCCUCUAAUGGCAGUUCCAGGACGGACGUUCCCUGUGGAAAUCUUUUUCACUCCGGAACCAGAAAAGGAUUAUCUAGAAGCUGCAAUCAGGACUGUAAUUCAAAUUCACGUAUGCGAGGAAGUUGAAGGAGAUAUUCUGCUGUUCCUCACUGGUCAGGAGGAAAUCGAGGAGGCCUGUAAACGGAUAAAACGUGAGAUCGAUAAUCUCGGUCCAUCAGUUGGUGCAUUGAAUUGCAUCCCACUCUACUCGUCACUUCCUCCAAAUCAGCAGCAACGAAUUUUCGAACCGUCGCCUCCAAGCCGUCCAGGAGCAAUAGGUCGCAAAUGUGUCGUAUCUACGAACAUUGCUGAAACUUCAUUGACUAUUGACGGUGUUGUGUUCGUGAUUGAUCCAGGAUUCUCGAAGCAAAAGGUUUACAAUCCUCGCAUUCGAGUAGAAUCUCUUCUAGUUUGUCCGAUCUCGAAGGCUAGUGCUAUGCAACGUGCUGGACGUGCUGGUCGUACGAAACCUGGUAAAUGUUUCCGAUUAUACACUGAAAAAUUCUCCUGUAAACGAUCAGUAGUGCUACAGCUAAAGAAACUGGGAAUAGAAGAUCUCGUUCAUUUUGACUUCAUGGACCCUCCAGCUCCUGAGACAUUAAUGCGAGCUUUGGAGUUGCUUAACUAUCUAGCAGCUAUCAAUGACGAUGGGGAACUGACGGAACUUGGAUCGUUAAUGGCAGAAUUUCCACUGGAUCCGCAGUUGGCGAAGAUGUUAAUAACUUCGACGGAGCUCAACUGUUCAAAUGAAAUCUUAUCAAUUACGGCUAUGUUGUCAGUUCCACAGUGCUUCGUCCGGCCGAACGAAAUGAAAAAGGAAGCCGAUGAGGCGAAAGCACGAUUCGCUCACGUCGAUGGAGACCAUUUAACUCUACUGAAUGUGUACCAUGCUUUUAAGCAAAAUAACGAGGAUGUGCAAUGGUGUUACGACAACUUUAUCAAUUACCGUACCAUGAAAACUGCUGACACUGUGCGCACGCAGCUUGGAAAGACGAUGGAUAGGUUCAAUCUCCGCCGAGUUUCAACGGAUUUCAAGUCUAAAGAUUAUUAUAUUAACAUUCGGAAGGCGUUAGUCGCAGGAUUCUUUAUGCAAGUUGCUCACCUUCAACGAAGUGGCCACUACGUGACUGUCAAGGAUAAUCAGUUGGUGAACCUUCAUCCAUCUACUGUUCUUGAUCACAAACCCGAAUGGGCUCUUUAUAAUGAAUUCGUUCUGACUACGAAAAACUUCAUUCGAACUGUAACGGAUGUGCGACCGGAAUGGCUGUUGACAAUCGCACCUCAAUAUUUCGACCUUUCGAAUUUCCCUGAUGGUGACACGAAGCGAAAAUUGGUAUACGUUGCCAAUUCGUUACGUGCUUUACAAAACAGUAAAGGAGUUUGA